CAGCCGGGCGCGCUCCGUCGUCGCGUGAAGGACGUGCACAGCCGCGACCACAGCGCCGCCGGACAAAUGCGCGGCAGCCGCGGCCCCCGCCUCGGCAGCCUUUGAUUGGCGCCCGCUCCGGCGCGCGCGCGCUCUCCCUCUCCGCCCCCGCGCCCGCCAGCCCGCCUGAGCCCAGAGUGGUGAGCCUUGGUUUGCGAAGCCGGCGUUUGCCCUUCUCUUAGCGCUCCGAGGCAUCUUGCUCUUCGCGGCUUCCAGACACCGAUGUCCCCCAGUCCAAGAUGAAUAAAGAUCAAGUUGCCCUGAUUGGUCAGGUGUUUGAAUCAUACGUUUCAGAAUACCACAAGAAUGAAGUCUUACAGAUCUUGAAAGAAAGAGAUGAAGAUACUCACUAUCCUGUAGUGGUUGAUGCCAUGACUCUUUUUGAGACGAACAUGGAAAUUGGGGAAUAUUUUAAUGCAUACCCCAAUGAAGUACUCCCUAUUUUUGACAGCGCCUUAAAAAGAGCAGCUCUGACAAUUCUGCAAUCUCUUUCACAACCUGGAGAAUUUUGUAUGAAGCAGAAUCUUCAUGCUAGGAUAUCAGGUCUGCCUGUCUGUCCUGAACUGAUGAGGGAGCGUAUUCCUAAAACCAAAGAUGUGGGACACUUUUUAUCUGUCACGGGGACAGUCAUUCGUACCAGUAUGGUGAAGGUCCUGGAAUAUGAACGGGAUUACAUGUGUAACAAGUGCAAACACAUUUUUGUGGUCAAAGCUGACUUUGAGCAGCAUUAUACAUUCUGCCGUCCAUCAUCAUGCCCCAACAAAGAAGGCUGCAAUUCUUCUAAAUUCACUUGUCUCUCAGGCUCAUCAUCUCCUACACGCUGUAGAGAUUACCAAGAAAUAAAAAUUCAGGAACAGGUCCAGAGGCUAUCUGUGGGAAGUAUUCCACGAUCUAUGAAAGUUGUCCUAGAAGAUGACUUAGUAGACAGUUGUAAAUCUGGUGAUGACCUCACCAUUUAUGGGGUAGUGAUGCAGCGAUGGAACCCCUUCCAUCAAGAUGUUCGAUGUGAUGUGGAGAUAGUCUUGAAAGCCAAUUAUGUCCAAGUGAAUAACGAACAGUCCACAGGCAACAUCAUUGAUGAGGAGGUUCGCAAGGAAUUUGAGAAUUUUUGGGAACAUUACAAGAACGAUCCCUUGGCAGGAAGGAAUGAAAUCCUGGCUAGCUUGUGUCCUCAAGUUUUUGGGAUGUAUUUGGUAAAGCUUGCUGUAGCCAUGGUGCUUGCCGGCGGUGUCCAAAGGAGUGACGCUACUGGAACGAGGGUCCGAGGUGAAUCUCAUCUUUUACUGGUUGGAGACCCUGGUACGGGGAAAUCUCAGUUUCUCAAAUAUGCAGCAAAGAUUACUCCAAGAGCUGUGCUCACCACAGGAAUUGGAUCUACCAGUGCAGGACUGGCCCUGGGAUUUCACUGGUCUAGGAAGCUGCAAACAAGGUGCUCCCCUCUACAACACAACUUGACACCUUCCCUUCAACUUUUAGUCUUACUAGAGUUGCCUAGACCCCUGUGGCCUAGACUGUAGAGAAGUGAAGUGACUUGCCCAGGGUUGUACAGCUAGCACUGUGUCAGCAGCAAGACUUGAACUCAGGUCUUCCUGGGCUUUUCACUCCUCUGUGCAGCCUCUAGCCCGCACUGACUCUGUAUGUAAUCCUGGGCAGGUGCUCUUCUGGGUUGCGAGUAGGAAACAUUUAAGAAGCCCUGCUCUAGGCACCUCCCUAAGAUUGUAAGUUAUAGAGAAGCUGUUGUUAACAUAUUUUGGUAGAAGGAGUUUCCUCAUCAGGCAGUUUCUCAUACCAAUGAAAUCUGUUCUUUAUCCCUAGUUAUUUAGAUAAUUAAAAAUCAGAAUUAGAGAGUAGAAGUUUCUGAAGUAUACUGGACAUUAAUAAUAAUAUUAAUGUUUAUAUAAGUACUUUGAGGUUUACAUAAGUACUUUGAGGUUUACAAAGUGCUUUAUAUCAUUUGAAAAUUCAUACAGCUUUUAAAAUGAGUCAUUUAUAAAUGAAUAUUUAAUAAAAUGGGAUAUCACAUUUCAAAAGCAUAGCAUGAUAUAGGGAAAAGAGCACUGAAUGUGAAGUCAAAAGAUGUGGAUUCUUGUUCGGACUCUUCUGCUGACUGGCUAUGCAGACCUGGAACCCUUCUUUUUUACCUUCUGGGGCCUAUGUGUCUUUUCUUCAAAUGAAGGAGAAGGAGGGAGAGUCUAGGGUCUUAGCUCUAAAAACUAUGAUUCUGUAACAUUCUGCAAAAUUAUCCAGUUAAGAAGUUUUCUUUAUUUUUAAAGUGAAAAGUAUUAGAAAAACAUAGUACUCAUAUUUAGAUUUCCUCUUCCUCAGAACAGCUUUAAAAAUAUAAUUGUGGUAUGAAGUUUUAUAUGUGAAGGCACUUGUAUGGCUGCAAAGCUAGGAGAGUCUUCUGUGGGAUCUAUAAAACGGGCACUGCUGACUUUAAUGGGAAGAUCAUCUAUAGGACCCAUGCAAGAAGAACAAUCAUGAUUUUAAGUUAAUUAUCUAUUUGAAGAUUUUUUUUAAUUCCCAUAAAAAAUUUAGGGAAUAUCUCAAUUCUAAAUAUAUCUAAACUCCUCAUUUUUUGUAUCUAGUAUGGAAAUGGGGAAAAGUCCAUUAUGUCUGAAAGUUACACAGAACAGCAACUAAUUAUCUAUAAAGUCAUAGACCCCUUGUUGAGUUCAUAAUUUUUAUAUUCGUGUUGUCAGAAAUGUAUUGUUAUGCAUUAUUAAAAAACAUUAAACAGUUACAGAUACCUAAUGGAAGAAUUGGGAGCUGACCCAGCCUCAUGUCCAUUAAAAUAAGAGGGGCUUUGGUUUCUUUUCUUUUUAAUAUGUUUAAUCUAUCAUAAUGAUUUGAGGCAGGAAAGAUUGUUUAGGAAGUUGGCCUAUUUUUAAAUAUAUAUGUUUAUGUUUAUAUAGAUAUUUUAAAUAAGUUUGUAAACAAUUAAACUCUAUUGGCAUGUUCUGCUCUUUCUCCCUACACUAAAUUAUUUGCUCAAUGCUGAGCAAUAAAAGGACCGUGUACAUGAUGAGGGAAGUCACGUACUAAAAUCCUUUGUAGAGAUUUGACUUCAAAUUGCCUGUGUUAAGGAAUAAACACGUGCUCUAAAAGAAAUGGAAAUUUGCUCCUGAAAUUAUACCUCACUAUAUAUAUGGCUUCACAGAAGCACACAUUUUAGGAUAAUACAGAGAUUUUUUUGUUUUCAUUUCAAUUUGGUUGAAGUGUUCCAACCUCUUAUUAGUGGCUGGUGAAACUGUAGUCUGCUUUAUUUAUCUUAUCCAAGAGAUCAUGUGAUAAUUUUUUUUUAUCCUGGUCUAAGGAUUCUUAUUUUUCAUUGUUGGUGCUUAGACUAGUAUUACAGAGGAGAAGAAGAAAAUAUAAUAUAUAUGCUUUAAUCAGAUUAGUUUUAGAGCAAAUAAAAUAACACAUUAGAGAAAAAAGAAUUACUUAAAAAUAGUUGUAUUUAUAUUCCACAAUUUGAUCAAAUACUGGUUCUUAUAAACUUUCUACAGGAUGUUUUUAAAACAAAUUCUUCACAUUUUGUCUUGACUAUGUACUUACGGAAUUUCAGAGAAAUAGUUCUGUUUGUUUU